UUUCGGGAGCAGAGCAGAAUGGAAAGAAAAAUGAUGACAGUGGUAUUCAGGACAUUAGAAUGGCGAUUCCUCACAAUAGCUCCUUGUGAUGCUGCGGAACCAUGACAAUUAGGAUCUCAAGACGCAACAACACCUAUUAUGCAAGGAAUCAUUGACUUACAUCAUGAUAUAUUUUUCUUCCUCAUUCUGAUUUUCGUUAUUAAAAUAGGAGAUAUUAAUAACUUUGUUAUUUCUCCUUAUGCUUAACACAUGCAAAUCUAACGAAGUGCUAUUGGACGAUUGGUUUGCUUGCUGGUUCUAGUCCGGUUAUGGAAGGAAAGAGGGGAGUUGGCUGAUAAAGAUGGACAGUAAGGAUCGCGUAAUAUCAAUUUCUAGGCCUCGUCAUCGAAAGUGGUUUCCAAUUGCUUGGAAAUUCUCAGCUAUAUGGGGGACUUGGAUGGUGAGCAAAAACAAUUGAUCAAGAAGUUGGUCAACUUUCGCAUGAAAGAUGGUAAAAGAACGAGAGUUUGUGCUAUUGUUUAUAAAACAUUUCAUCGCCUAGCUCGAACUGAGCGCGAUGUAAACAAACUUAUGGUUGAUGCUGUGGAUAAUAUAAAGCCCAUAUGCGAAGUGGUAAAAGUAGGAGUCGUAGGUACUAUUUAUGAUGUCACUGGGAUUGUAGCCAGGGAUCGUCAACAAACCUUAGCUAUUUGUUGGACCCUUGGAGCAGCUUGCAAAUGACGUAUAAGCUAAAGGAUAAGCCUAGAGAAAUGUUCAUUUGCUGAGAUACUGGUUUCUUACCAAAAGAGGGCAAUUGCACGUAAGAGAAGGGAGAAUCUUCAUGGACUGACUUCCACCAAACGAAGUUUCGAGCAUUUCAGAUGGUGGUAAAGUGAGACCACAUAAGGAGCUCUUCCUCAAUCAGUCAGAAAUCUUUGACCCUCUUCCUUUUUUCAUCUUCAUAUCAAAAAGUCGGCCUUACUCAUACUCCCCCCUUCAUUCAUGGAGUUGGAGGAAUCCACAGGAGGCCCGCCCGUUAUGCAUUGCAUAAAAGAACUUUCCCUCCCUCCGGUCGCCUCAGGUCGAAUGAAUACGAAAGGGAGAUCAAUCAAAUCAAUAGGCCAUGAAUGAAGAAGUAGUUGGCCUUUCACUUUCUUUCGUUUGACUUGUGUAGCUGAUAAAUCCACUUCAAAGGGAGGGAAGCUAGGAGUGCUAGUCCGAAAGGGCUAGGAACGGAGUGCUCUUUUUUUCCCCAUCAUUUCUGCUUGACUUUCGCUUUACAAAAUGAAUCCUAUCAAAGAUUUUUCUCCUUUGAAUUACUCAUUGAAUUUCAUUUCACACCGGAAACUAUUCUUGGAGAAGUUCGAAUCCGUUCCGUUCGGAUAUUGGUCGGUCUUGGUUUGACAUGGUUUACACGUUACUGGUUCCCAGAAGAGUCAAUUUCUCUAUUAGCUAAACCUUUCUUACCCUACCUUUGGACUCGUAUUUUGUUCGUACACAAUCAACGAAGGCUUCCCCGACAUAUGUUGCAACGUCUCCAAUAGCAUGCUCUUACUUUGUCUUUCCCUUAAUAAGUCAUCAAAUUUGGUGCUUUUCGAUCCCCAGUUGCUAUGUGGAACAAAGGACGAAGUACAAUAGAUUCCUCCAUUUAAGUGGUUCUCGCUUCUCCUUG